UUUUCGCAUUUAGAGCCUGCAGAAGAUCGAUAAACAUGUUUAGCAUCUGUGUACACAUAAGGAAAUGUCAACAGUUUUCUUUCACACGAUUUCAGCUCUUUAGCAUUGCUUUUGGUAUAGUCCUGUGUCUUUAACGAUUAGAGUUCAUUAAUUAAACCCUGUGACUGAAUCGAACAGAAACAUUAUUCCAAUCACAUUUAUCUUGCAGGCUGGAAAGGGAUGGCAGCUCCGUCUGGAGCCGUGCGGAGAAUGAGGGGGCAUCUGAGUAAAGACGUAUCACCAACGCAACCAGCUGCCAUUUCUGCACAGCAGCUCCCGAGCCCUCCAUUUUAAUUUUAAUAGUUCGCUAACUUGGGGUCCGCAUGCUGUGGUCAGGAUAAUCUACUUUCUUGUGUGGGAUUUGUGUUAUCUCAAUGGGCCAGAUGUGUCACUGACUCUUGCUGCUGCAAAGCUCAGCGGUUUCACUUCCACCAUGAUUCGUAUGGCUAGUAUUCUGGGGCUAGUUAUGGUUAGCGUUGUUUUGCUUGUUCUAUCCCUACUCAGCUACGUGUCAUUAAAAAAGGAUAAUAUUUUUGCAACCCCAAAGUAUGCAAGUGCUGGUGGGCCGAGAAUGUAUAUGUUCCAUGCAGGAUUUCGGUCACAGUUAGCACUGAAAUUUUUGGAUCCAUCUUUUGUACCAAUUACAAAUUCUUUGACGGAUGAACUACAAGAAAAAGCAUCGACUUGGGUAAUAAACAGAACUGCAUUCCUAAAACAAAGAGAAGAAAUUCUUCAAAAUGUUGAUGUUGUCAAGAAUUUUUCAUUAACCAAGAGCAGUGUUCGAGUUGGACAGCUGAUGCACUACGAUUACUCCAGCCAUAAAUAUGUUUUCUCUAUUAGCAAUAAUUUCAGGUCUUUACUUCCAGAUGUAUCGCCAAUUACAAAUAAGCACUACAAUAUCUGUGCUGUUGUUGGAAACAGUGGGAUCUUAACAGGAAGUCAGUGUGGACCUGAAAUAGAUAAGUCUGAUUUUGUUUUCCGUUGCAACUUUGCUCCAACUGAGGCAUUCCAUAAAGAUGUGGGAAGAAAGACCAACCUGACAACAUUCAACCCGAGCAUUCUAGAGAAGUAUUACAACAAUCUUUUAACCAUUCAAGAUCGCAAUAAUUUUUUUCUGAGUCUAAAGAAGCUUGAUGGAGCAAUUCUUUGGAUACCUGCUUUCUUCUUCCAUACGUCAGCCACUGUUACAAGGACAUUAGUUGACUUUUUUGUAGAACAUAAAGGACAAACAAAAGUGCAACUGGCUUGGCCAGGGAACAUAAUGCAGCAUGUCAACAGAUACUGGAAGAACAAGCACUUAUCACCAAAACGCCUGAGCACAGGCAUUCUUAUGUACACGCUGGCUUCUGCAAUCUGUGAGGAGAUUCAUUUAUAUGGCUUUUGGCCAUUUGGGUGGGAUCCCAAUUCUGGGAAAGACUUACCGUAUCAUUACUAUGAUAAAAAAGGAACCAAAUUCACUACCAAAUGGCAAGAGUCCCAUCAACUUCCAGCAGAGUUCAAACUUUUAUAUAAAAUGCAUGGUGAUAGACUCACUAAAUUAACUUUGUCACAUUGUGCCUAGGAAAUGAAGAAUUAAAGUGCCAAAUGAUUGUUAAAGUGCUAAUGGUUUUAAACAUUUGUGAGUACUCAAAACAUGUCAGUCAUUCUGGACUCCAUAAAGGUUAUUUACUUUGGGAAAUACAUCCAUAUGCUGGUAAUGAAAUAAUAAUCUCAUGAUGUUGUUCUUAAGCUAUUACUGACUGUGAAACCAGAAUUUAUUGGCUUUACACCAGAAGGCCUAUUUGGUUUGCUCCUUGCAUUUACAAUGAUGUGAUGAAAUAGUGCCCAAAAAGUAUUAACUACAGGGUAUUUAUUAUGUGUAAUCUGACACGUAUUCACCUAGUUAUACUGAUAUGAGCAAAAUCCAAUAGAAAUGUUAAUCAUAUUCUGCAAUUGCCUUUUAACAUCCACUUAUCUUCAGCAUAACAGUGACAUUUCAGCAUAAUUACUAUUUCUUACUGGCUGAAAUGAAAUACAUUUCUGGUUAUGCAGGUGAAAUAUCUUAAAAUACAUUCCUUGCUAACUGUAUUUUUCAUUCCAGGAGUAACCAAACAUAAUGCAAAAUAACAUAUCAAUCAUUUAAGUGUUCUUUGUCAGGCUUCAUGUUGAUCACCAUGGAUGAAUCAAUUUCACAACAUAGGAGUUACAGAACUGAAACUAGAUGCAGUAUAUCUACAUUUGUUGAUGAAUACCUGGCAGCCAGACAAGGAAGAAUUCAGUAGCCAAAUGAUGUUGAUGUAAAUAAGAAUGUAAGGAGUUUUCAGAGAACAGUAAUUUUGUCAUUAGAAGUUAUUUUCACUAAAAUGAUAAAAGAGCCAUUCUCAGCUUUAGAGAAAAAUGCCGUUGUAAAUAGAACUGUUCUUUACUCUGUGAUAAAAAAAAAUGCUAACUCACAUUUCAUCAUCUUUAUGCUCAUAACUUGCAUAUGUGCCAAAGGUAUUUAUGCACUUGUUCAUGCAACAUUUUUUUCUUGUGACACUUAAACAUUCUGAUUUACCAUAGAGGCAAAACAGUCAAUUCUAACAAGUAAAUUUUAAUAUUUAUCUAGUGAAAAUUGACUGAGAAGUGCACAUUAAGACACUUUCAAGGAUCAGUAAUUUGAGAGGGGUCAUUGUGGAAAACAAGAAUAACUGACUGUUAUUAAGAAUGAAUAUGAUUGCAGCACUAUAAAAUAUUAAUUGUGUAAUUCAAGUGCAUGAGAGAAAAAUAUGAACUAAACGAUGUGGAAAUCUAAUCACUUAGUCAGGUGGUAAAAUUCUGCAAAACUUUUGCUCCAAUGGUGAAUAAUACUCUAGGCGAUUAAAGCUGAAGAAGGUGCAAAAUAUAACGUUGAUAAUGAUGUCACAGUGGAAUUGAAUGUAUCCUGGAACUGUUCUUUUUGCAAACAGCUUAAUAUAAAGGGAUAUUUAGCUUUAACUUGGUUGAUAUGGGACCAGAUAUACAAACGUUGUACAUUUCACAGCUUCAGACUUUCAAAGAAUUUUAAGAAACCAGAUAUACAAAUCUUUCAUAUGACAAAACUUCAGAGUUUGAGAAAACUGUUGUUUCAAAUAUCAUCAACAUGGCCAUAAUAAAGAGCUUUUGUAUCAAAGUC